AUGGCGGCAGCGCAAGGCGAGCAGCGGCCGCUGUACAAGGACCCGUCGGCGCCGGUGGAGGCGCGCGUGCGCGACCUGCUGGGCCGCAUGACGCUGCGGGAGAAGGCGGGCCAGAUGGCCCAGAUCGAGCGCUGCGUGGCGUCGCCUCGCGCCGUCGCCGAGCUCGGCGUCGGCAGCAUCCUCAGCGGCGGCGGCAGGCCGCCCUGCGACCGCGCCUCCCCGUCCGACUGGGCCGACAUGGUCGACGACAUGCAGCGGCUGGCACUCUCGUCCCGCCUCGCCGUCCCCAUCCUCUACGGCAUCGACGCCGUCCACGGCCACAACAACGUCGUCGGCGCCACCAUCUUCCCCCACAACGUCGGCCUCGGGGCCUCCAGGGAUGCCGAGCUUGUCCGAAAGAUCGGCGAGGCGACGGCGCUCGAGGUUCGCGCCACCGGCAUCCACUGGGCAUUCGCCCCCUGCGUCGCCGUAUGUAGGGAUUCGAGGUGGGGGAGAUGCUACGAGAGCUACAGCGAGGACCCAGAGAUCGUGCGCUCCUUCACCACCAUCGUCGCCGGCCUGCAGGGCCAGACACCGGCUGACCACCCCCAUGGCUACCCGUUCCUCCAUUCGGUCAGGGAGAAUGUGCUUGCUUGUGCCAAGCACUACGUAGGAGAUGGUGGCACCCAUAAGGGGAUCAAUGAAGGGAACACCAUUUGCUCUCUAGACGAUUUGGAAAAGAUUCACAUGAAACCUUACCCUGAUUGUAUAGCUCAAGGGGUCGCAACGAUUAUGGCAUCCCACUCUCAAUGGAAUGGGGAACACUUACAUGCUAGCCACCAUUUGCUCACAGAUGUUUUAAAGGGCAAAUUAGGCUUCCAGGGUUUUGUGGUGUCAGACUGGGAAGGUGUUGACCAUCUUUGUGAGCCUCGAGGGUUUGAUUAUAGGCAUUGCAUUGCACAAUCAGUCAAUGCCGGAAUGGAUAUGAUUAUGAUACCUUUUAGAUUUGAGAAAUUCUUGGAAGAUCUUGUGUUCUUGGUGGAAACGGGGGAGAUACCAUUAUCACGAAUUGAUAAUGCCGUUGAGCGGAUUCUAAGAGUUAAGUUCAUAUCUGGAGUUUUUGAGCAUCCAUUUUCAGAUCCAACUCUACUCGACGUAAUUGGUUGCAAGGAGCAUCGUCUGCUAGCACGUGAGGCUGUUCGAAAGUCUUUGGUACUUCUGAAAAAUGGCAAGAAUAGGGAGGAUACUUUCCUCCCCUUAGCCAAAAAUGCAAAAAGAAUACUCGUCACGGGGACACAUGCUGACAAUAUUGGAUACCAGUGUGGUGGGUGGACGAUAGCUUGGAAUGGAGACAGUGGGAAGAUUACUCUUGGUACAAGCAUAUUAGAGGCCAUACAAGAAUCUGUGGAAGUGGAAACUGAAAUUGUGUAUGACGAAUGCCCAAUAGAGGCUACCAUUGAAGCAGGAAAUUUUUCCUAUGCUGUUGUUGUAGUUGGUGAGGAUCCCUAUUCAGAAAGUGUGGGAGAUAGAACCGACCUUAGUAUCCCAUUCAAUGGUUCGGAUCUGAUUACUCGUGUUGCCAGUAAAGUCCCUACCCUAGUGAUUCUUAUUUCUGGAAGACCAUUAGUUAUUGAGCCGCAGGUUCUUGAGAAGGUAGAUGCUCUAGUUGCUGCUUGGCUGCCUGGAAGUGAGGGAACGGGAGUUGCUGAUUGUCUCUUUGGAGAUCACGAUUUUGUGGGCACGUUGCCUGUAACUUGGUUUAGAUAUGACGAUCAACUGCCUAUAAAUAUUGGGGAUGCUAAUUAUGAUCCAUUAUUUCCUUUUGGAUACGGGCUGAAAUGUUCAAAAGCCAUGGAGAUUUAGCAUGGAAUAUUAUCACAUAUGUUUGUUGUACAACUGAGUAUUGGGUUAUGUACAAGAGAAAUAAAUUUAUCUUGUCGAGU